CCAGACUCGCCGCCCACCACAGCGCAGUCAAAAGCAAACAGCAGCUGGGAAUGUCUCAAUGCUAUUGAAACUGCCACGACGCGCGGUUGCGUUGUCACAUGUCCACCCUCGGCCGUGCCAAUCUUUGUGCACCCAAAGAUAUCAAACUGCAACCCAACCGCCACUAGUCCCUCCUCCACCAGCUCUCCGCCAGCCAAGCGCCACUCCACCAGCAAGUCACUUUUCCACCAAAAUGGCCCCCACAGUCCCAAUCGACACGGCCGCCCUCUCAUCCCACAUCCCCGUCGUAGUAUCGGGUCCCAGCGGCACUGGCAAAUCCACAAUCCUUCAGCGCCUCUUCGCCGAGUUCCCCGACAAAUUCGGCUUCAGCGUCUCCCACACGACGCGGUCACCUCGAGAUGGAGAGCAGAAUGGCCGCGAAUACUACUUUGUAACAAAAGAGGUCUUCUUAGAUUUAGUGGAAAAGAAAGGGUUUAUCGAGCAUGCACAAUUUAGUGGGAAUUACUACGGGACGAGUAUCAAGGUCGUGGAGGAUAUUGCCGAGCAGGGGAGGAUUUGCAUUUUAGAUAUUGAGAUGGAGGGCGUCAAGCAAGUAGCGAACCACCCCACCUUCCCGCGCCCAAGAUUUCUCUUCUUAUCGCCGCCGUCGAUGGAGGUGCUAGAGCAGAGGCUAAGGUCGAGGGCUACGGAUAAGGAAGAGGCGGUUCUGAAGAGACUGAACCAGGCGAAGGUGGAGAUGGAGUAUGCAAAUUCGGGAGAGGCGCCGCAUGAUAAGAUCGUGGUGAAUGACAACCUGGACAAGGCGUACCAGGAGGUGAGAGAGUUCAUUGUUGGGAAGGGUGCUUAGGAGCAGACAGCUGUGUGAGGCCCAAGUAACGAGAGUUUAGGUCAAGGAUGUUAGAGAGAGAGAUGAUACCAUAGCGCCAUAGACAUUUCGAGGACAAAAGUAUACGUCUGCAUUUACAUCAUCAAGGCACGUGAG